AAUGUUGUGCUAGGUAUCUUGAGAUGUUGUCAUUAAAUUAAUUUAUUUAGAGAUUAUCUGUUUGGUAACUUAAUGUGAGUAUAAUUGUUUAUUCCUUUUAUUUUCUUUUCUAUUCAGCUUUAAUGUCGACUACUUCAAUCUCUGCCAACAUGAACAAUGUUCCAAUGUUAAAUGGAACAAACUUUAAGGACUGGAAAGAGAACAUAUUGAUUGUUCUCGGCUGCAUGGACAUAGACUUGGCAUUAAGGAUGCCAAAACCGAAUGCUCUCACUGCACAAAGUACUCCUGAGGAAACUGUGUACUUUGAAAAGUGGGAUCGUUCUAACAGGCUAAGUCUUAUGAUCAUGAAGCGUGGGAUUCCAGAAGUUUUUCGGGGUGCAAUAACAGAGGAUGUUACCGUUGCCGGUGAAUUUCUUUUAGAAAUUCAAAAGCGUUUUGCUAAAAACGAUAAGGCUGAAACAAUCACGCUUUUAGCAAGCUUGAUUUCAAUAAAGUAUAAAGGCAAGGGUAAUGUUCGCGAGUACAUCAUGGAAAUGUCUCAUCUUGCUUCAAAACUUAAGGCACUAAAGCUCGACUUAUCUGAUGAUUUGCUCGUGCAUUUAGUUCUCAUCUCUCUUCCUGCACAAUUUAACCAAUUUAAGGUCAGUUAUAACUGCCAGAAGGAGAAAUGGACUCUCAAUGAGCUCAUUUCAUUUUGUGUGCAAGAGGAAGAGAGAUUGAAGCAAGAAAGGACUGAAAGUGCUCAUCUGGCAAGCACCUCCAAGCAUACGGGCAAAAGAACGCAUAAGGGAAAGGAAGUUGCUAUUCCUCAGGGUCCGGAACCAAAGAAACAGAAAGUGCAGGAUGGUUGUUUCUUUUGUGGCAAGCCCGGACACAGAAAGAAGGAUUGUGCCAAAUACGUCACCUGGCGUGUAAAGAAAGGGUUGCCUGAACUACCGAAAGCCAACUGAUGCUGAAAGAUACAUCUUUGUGGGUGAUGGCAAGUCAAUAGAAGUGCAGGCAAUAGCGCACUUCAGAUUAUUACUGAAAAUCGGUUAUUAUUUGG